AUGCACUAUGACCUGAUCAUUGUGGGCAGCGGAUCCGUUGGUUCGUCUGCCGGCUAUUACGCCUCCAGAUCUGGGUUGAAGGUGCUGAUGCUGGACGAGCACACGCCUCCGCACAGCUCUGGGAGCCACCACGGAGCGACCAGGCUGGUGCGGUGCGCUUACGGCGAAGGCACCAGAUACAUUCCGCUCUUGAUACGAGCCAGAGAACUCUGGAAGGAGCUGAAUGAAUUGACAAAGACAAACAUUUACGAGAAGUGUGGAGUUUUGAACACGGGUCUAGGGGAUUCGAGUUUUAUUGAUAACGCUCGCAGAAGCGCUGAGAUCUACGGAUUGGAGAUUGAGAAUAUGACGGCUGAGGAUAUAAAGAAACGUUGGAACGGCAUUCAGGUUCCCGGGGAUUACGUCGGGGUCUUUGAGCCGGACGCGGGAUUCUUGAGAUCGGAGUUAGCUGUAAAUGCUUACGUCAAGCUAUCAAAGGAAGCUGGGGCUCAUCAAAUAUUCGACUGCAAAGUCUCGUCCGUGACACCGACUGAAAAUGAAGUUGUUGUCGAAACUGAAAAAGGCAUUUUCAAGGGUCGUAAGGCACUUGUCUCGGCAGGAACGUGGGUUAAGGACUUACUACCCAAUCUGCCUAUAUCGCCUGUGAGAAAAGUUUUGACGUGGUACGCUUCGGACCCGUGUUACAAAAAUAUACCAGGUUUUUUGGUAAACUUGGAGCAGGAUUUCUUUUACGGUUUCCCGGCAGAUGAAAACGGCUUUAAAAUUGCGAAGCACAGCGGAGGUCAAAAUAUCAGUUCGAGGGACGAAUUGACCCCAUUUGGGAGUCGCGAAGGAGACAGAACUGAGACGCUGAAUUUUAUAACGAACUUCUUGCCGAACACUGGCGGGAUUUUGGAGGGCAAGACUUGCAGCUACGACAUGAGUCCGGACGAAGACUUCAUCAUCGACACCCUGCCUGGUUCGGAGAACGUUAUGCUAGUGACCGGUCUGAGCGGCCACGGUUUUAAAUUUACAAGUGUGCUCGGCGAAAUCGCUGCGUUCUUUGCUGGGGACAAAAAACCGGGUUUUGAUAUCAGACCGUUUGCGUUGAAUAGAUUUAAUCAUAUGUAAAUUUUGUUUGGCGUGGUUUAAUGAAUGAUAAUAAUAAGAUUACGUUUUGUCAA